GAAUCUCUUGUGUGGUACACUGUGGAACGCCUUCCUAAAGUCUGAAUUUACAGUUUCAACUUGAACGUUUUCAUCUAGAGCAUCUGUCCAGUCCUCCAACACAGCUAGCAAUUGACAGAAGCAUGGCCCCAAAGAAAAAAGCUGAGGCAACAAACGAGCCCGUUUUCUUGGGUCGUAUUGGAACAAACCUGAAGAUCGGAAUAGUAGGCUUACCAAAUGUUGGCAAAUCCACCUUCUUCAAUGUGCUCACCAAGAGUCAGGCCGCUGCAGAGAACUUUCCUUUCUGUACCAUAGACCCUAAUGAAAGUCGUGUACCAAUACCUGACGCCAGAUUCGACUUCCUCUGCGAAAAUUUCCAACCUGCCAGCAAGGUGCCUGCAUUCCUCAAUGUAGUGGAUAUAGCAGGGCUGGUGAAGGGAGCUCACGAGGGCAAGGGGCUGGGUAACGCUUUCCUGUCCAACAUUAAGGUCUGCGAUGCCCUCUUUCAUGUUGUCAGAGCGUUUUCUGAUGAGGAGGUGAUCCAUGUGGAGGGUGAUGUGGACCCGACCCGUGACCUCUCCAUCAUCCAUGACGAGCUGCGUCUGAAGGACCUCGAGUUCAUCGACAAGAACAUUGGCGGUCUGGAGCGCGCCGUCAACAGGGCGGGGGAGAAGAAACUGAAACCUGAAUAUGAUUGCAUCAAGAAAUGUCAAGAGGGUUUGAACGACGGCAAAUGGGUCCGAAAUCUAACGUUUGAUGCUAAAGAGAUAGAAAUAUUGAAUGAGCACCUAUUUCUAACUGCCAAGCCUGUCAUAUACCUGGUAAAUUUGUCUGUGAAAGAUUAUAUAAGGAAGAAAAACAAAUGGUUACCCAAGAUCAAAGAGUGGGUGGAUGAGCGUGAGCCGGGCGCCACAGUGAUCCUGUUCAGUGCCCAGUAUGAGCUGGACCUGAUGGACCUGCCCUCGGAGGAGGAGCGAGCCAAAUACAUCCAAGAACAGGGUGCACCUAGUGCUCUGGAGAAGAUUAUUAUUAAUGGCUACAAGGCAUUGGGUCUUAUGUACUUCUUCACCAGCGGCAAGGAUGAAGUCAAAGCCUGGACAAUACAGAAAGCUACAAAGGCCCCCCAGGCGGCCGGCCGUAUCCACUCGGACAUGGAGAACGGUUUCAUCAUGGCGGAGGUGAUGGCGUUUGAGGACUUUAAGGAGGCAGGGUCGGAGGCCGGCUGCAAGGCAAAUGGAAAAUACAAGCAGAAAGGCCGAGAAUAUGUUGUUGCAGAUGGGGACAUUAUUUUCUUCAAAUUCAAUGCAGGUGCAGGAUUGUCUGCAGGGAAAAAGAAAUAAACAAGAAUGUAUUCAUGAGAACAUUUUUGGGAUACAUUUAAAUGAAAAAGACAAUUGCCUUGUUUACAUCAAAAGCAUCAACAUGUGCUCAUUUUAUAAUAAUUAAUUGUAUGCUUUCCUUGAGUAAUUUUUUGUCUUGAGUAUACACAGAGAGAAGAUAAUAUGUGUCUUGUUCUGAAAAAACUGGGCUUAAUUCAUGUGCGUAUAGUGUAGUCCCGGAUUAGUGCAGUGCGCGCAGGCUAAUCAGGGACGACACUUUUCGCUUUUAUGGUAUUUAUAGUUUCAAAGAAGUCCCUCCUUACCGAAAAUCAAGUUUAGACGGAAAGUGUCCUCCCUGAUUAGCCUGUGCAGACAGCACAGGCUAAUCUGGGACAACACUUUAUGCACAUGUAUUAUGUCCAGUUUUAUCAGAACAAGACACAUAUUGAUUUAAGCUUUAUAUUCACAGAAAGUGCUUUCAGUUAAACAAUGUAUCCAGACUGUGAAGAUAUUUAUUAAACUCAAAUAUUGCAAUAGUCAAGCAGCUGCAUGAUUUAAACAAUAGCUUUAGUUGAAGCUAAAUUGCAGGGGGGGCCCGUACCAUUUCUAUGCCCAACCCUUUACAAAUAUUUACCUCCUAUUUUACCCUCUUUCAUUUGUCAAUAUUGUUGCAAAAGACACAUUCAACAUAAUAUAUUGGCUAUAAAUGAUUUUACAGAUUAACAUUGAAUAUAUGCUGAAGUGGCUUACAAAGUUAACCAUACGAUAUUUGUUCACAGAAAAGGUUGGCCUGCCCCUUUUAAGGCUUCCCAACCCCUCCCUUGUCAUUUUAUGUAUUGGUAUGGAUAGCAUACAUAAUAAUUUUACAGUGAAAAAAGGAUAUCUAACAGUCAAGCCGUGCUCUGUGAAAUGGGGGUUUAAUGCAUUUGCCUAAAGUGUCAUCCCAGAUUAGCCUGUGCAAGCCGCACAGGCUAAUCAUGGACGACACUUUCCGCUUUUAUGAUUUGUUUUGUUUCAAGAAAGUCUCUUUGUAGCCAAAAUCAAGUUUAGACGGCAAGUGUCGUUCCUGAUUAGCCUGUGCAGACUGUACAGGCUAAUCUGGGACAACACUUUUAGAACAUGCAUUAAACCCCAUUUUCACAAGAGGGUGUUACAAAUUUGCUUUCAGCGGCAUUAUAUGCCAUACAAGUAAAUUAUCCACUGUCCCACUCACACAAAGAUAAACCUAAUGCUAUGUAGUACUACACUAAUUGUCAUUUCACAAUGGGUCUGUGCAGUACUUUGAUUGUGUUCCAUGUUGUAAGACCUUUUUAUCCUUACUCUUUUAUCAUGACUAUGUAAGCAAAUAAUUAAUGAUUGAACUACUUGUGCAAAUAAUGACAUCAUGUGGACGCACUUUGAGUUGAAUUUCCUGAAAAUGCAAUUUUUAAAACUACAUCUGUGUUGCUAUUUUUCUUGUUAUACCUUGCUACGUCAUAAUGAUGCUUAUUAGUGUUUAAUUGUGUCUUGUUCUGAGAAAACUGGGCUUAAUUCAUGUGCGUAAAGUGUCGUCCCAGAUUAGCCUGUGCAGUCCGCACAGGCUAAUCAGGGACGACACUUUCCGCCUAAACUUGAUUUUCGGUAAUGAGGGACUUCCUUGAAACUAAAAAUACCAUAAAAGCGGAAAGUGUUGUCCCUGCUUAGCCUGUGCGGACUGCACAGGCUUAUCUGGGACGGCACUUAACGCACAAGCAUUAAGCCCAGUUUUCUCAGAACAAGACACAAUUAAUUGAUUGUUUUAAGAAUAACGUCAUUUAUUUUGGAUAAAUGGUUCCAACUUUGUUUAAAGGCACAGUGCGGAAAGGUACUGGUAAAUUAGACUUGCUUGAACUGUGCUUGUUUUUCUGUGUUCGCUUUUUUAUCAGUGCUGUAUCAACAAAAGAAUGUACUCAAACAACAAAUACAUUGUGUGCUUUUUAAAAUUUCAACAAGGGACAUACUUUGUAUGUAAUGGUCCCUGAUUUCAACACUCGACUUACACUAUUGAAACGCAAAGACUUAAAUAAAUUAUUGAAAGUCUACAA